CAGAGUCGCCCACAAUUGUGACGCAUGAGCUAGCUCCUUCCGGCCAGCGAUUCUGGUUUUGGAUCUAAAAUCCCCAAAUCCAUGACCGACUAUUCCAAUUAGGGUUUAUAUACGCCAAUCUAGGGUUUGUUCUGUACCGAAAGAGAGGAAACAGCUGCUGAUAAUUAUACAUGUCGAAGAGAAAAUUCGGAUUCGAAGGAUUUGGGAUAAACCGCCAAACGACCUACAACUUCGAGCGAUCCCAAGCUCCCCAGCGACUGUACGUGCCUCCGUCUUCGCGCGGCCGUGGUCAUGACAACUACGAAGAUAACGACAUCGACAGCAUCGAGUAUGAUGAUACCGAACUCACUGUCGACAAUAGUGCGCCAGAAAACGGUGGCGUUGAGAAUGACGAGAUUGACCCUCUCGACGCAUUCAUGGAAGGCAUUCACGAGGAAGUGAGGGCAGCACCGCCCCCGAAACCUAAAGAAAAGAUUGAGAAGUACAUAGAUGACGAAGAGGACGAUCCGGUGGAGAGCUUUUUGAGGGCAAAGAAGGACUUGGGGCUCACACUGGCCGCGGACGCGCUGCAGGCUGGUUAUGAUUCAGACGAGGAGGUUUACGCUGCUGCAAAGGCUGUGGACGCUGGGAUGGUGGAGUAUGAUUCAGAUGAUAAUCCAGUGAUCAAGGACAAGAAGAAUAUUGAGCCAAUUCCGGCUCUGGAUCAUAGUACUGUUGACUAUGAGCCUUUCAACAAGGAUUUUUACGAAGAGAAUCCGUCAAUAUCUGGAAUGAGUGAGCAGGAGGUUGCUGAAUACAGGAAGAUGUUGGCUGCUCGCGUUUCUGGUUUUGAUGUUCCUAGGCCACUUAAGACAUUCAAAGAUUGUGGUUUUUCUCCUCAAUUAAUGCACGAUAUAUCAAAACAAGGGUAUGAGCAGCCGACCCCAAUACAAUGCCAAUCUUUACCAAUUGUACUUUCUGGAAGAGAUAUAAUCGGAAUAGCGAAAACUGGGUCUGGUAAAACUGCUGCAUUUGUGCUUCCCAUGAUUGUGCAUAUUAUGGAUCAGCCUGAACUUAAGAAAGAAGAGGGCCCGAUUGGAGUAAUAUGUGCACCUACUAGAGAGUUAGCUCAUCAAAUAUACUUGGAGACUAAAAAGUUUGCGAAAGCACAUGGAAUACGUGUCUCUGCUCUCUAUGGUGGAAUGUCGAAACUUGAUCAGUUCAAAGAACUCAAGGCAGGAUGUGAAAUAGUUGUAGCAACUCCGGGGAGGUUGAUAGACAUGCUAAAGAUGAAGGCACUUACAAUGUUAAGAGCAACUUACUUGGUACUUGAUGAGGCUGAUCGUAUGUUUGACCUAGGAUUUGAGCCACAAGUAAGGUCAAUUGUUGGUCAGAUUAGACCAGAUCGUCAGACAUUGCUGUUUUCAGCAACGAUGCCUCGCAAAGUUGAGAAAUUAGCUAGGGAGAUUCUCGCUGAUCCUGUAAGAGUUACAGUGGGGGAGGUAGGGAUGGCCAAUGAGGAUAUUACUCAGGUUGUUCAUGUUAUUCCAUCUGAUGUAGAAAAGAUGCCCUGGCUUCUUGAGAAGCUACCUGGAAUGAUUGAUGAUGGUGACGUUUUAGUUUUUGCUUCCAAAAAGGCAACUGUAGAUGAGAUUGAGUCUCAACUGGCUCAGAGGGGGUUUAAAGUUGCUGCUCUCCAUGGUGAUAAAGAUCAGGCUUCUCGAAUGGAGAUAUUGCAAAAGUUUAAAUCUGGUGUCUACCACAUUCUUAUUGCAACUGAUGUUGCUGCUCGUGGUCUUGACAUCAAGUCGAUUAAGUCAGUAGUGAACUUUGAUAUUGCAAGAGACAUGGACAUGCAUGUUCAUCGUAUUGGUAGAACAGGUCGGGCUGGUGACAAGGACGGGAUUGCAUAUACUCUUGUAACUCAAAAAGAGGCACGGUUUGCUGGUGAAUUGGUAAAUAGCCUUAUUGCUGCCGGCCAGAAUGUGUCCACUGAGCUGAUGGAUCUCGCCAUGAAGGAUGGGAGAUUCAGGUCCAAACGUGAUGGAAGGAAAGGAGGAGGGAAAAAGGGCAAGGGGAGGGGUGGAGGUGGCGGUAAUCGAGGUGUUCGUGGAGUGGAUUUUGGGCUGGGUAUUGGCUAUAAUCCAGAAUCUAGUAGCACUCCAUCACAUCCCGUUCAAAGUCGAUCAGCCGCUGUUAAUUCACUGAAGACAGGAGUGAUGGCACAAUUCAAGAGCAAAUUUGUUGCUGCUUCAUCAAACUCACAAGGUCAGGGGUUGAGCAAUAGCUCGAAUACCUAUGCCAACAAUAGACCAUCUUUGCCCGGAUUUGUGUCUGGGGGUACUAUUGGAGGGGAUGCAAAAAGAACUUUGACAACUAGUUCAUUCAAUUCUCCUAUUUCAAAAGUACCUAAUAGUGGUGGUCAGAGCUCUGGAGAAAAUGAAAGUCGGAAACCUGCAGACAGUUCCAGGGAAAGGGGAAGAGAAAGGCGGAGGUCUUCUGGUUGGGACCGAUAAUAAUCCUGCACGGCUGCACCAAUCUCAUAUGAAUGGAGGGAAUGACACUUUUGUUGGAUUUCUGGACGAAACACCCACCCAGAGACAUAUGUUUGGAGUGGAGUAUACAGAUAUUUUGUACAAGUAUUCUUCUAAUACUUUUUUUAUGUUGGUGUGCAUUUCAGUUCUGUUUAUUGUACCUUGCAAGUUCUACUUUGACUGGAUAAUCAAAAGGCGCUAUACAUUAGAACGAAUUUCGUUCUGGUUAUUGUCA